UGAAACAGACUAUAGAUCGAUUUGUUGACAUUGGUAUUUUGAAAAAACGUGGAAGGUAGUUUUCCAGCGGUCAUUUCUAACUCAGAGAAAGUCGUGUGCUUUCAAAUUGAUAUAUUUUGAAUAGAGAGGACAGAGAAUUAUAAAUUGACAUUGUAAAAAGGAAAGGCACAUUGCAACUAUUAAGAAUAGAGGACGAUUUUGAUAGAAAAAAAAGUCUUGAAAAAAAUCUCAAAAUGGAAGUUGAUACUUGUGUACAAAAUGAAGAUGUGAAGAUUUCCGAUUGUAACAAGUCUGAGAUGGAUGAUUACCAUGACACUGAUAAAAUUGUACCACCAAAAACAUUAGAUGAUUUAAUUAAGGAGUUACAUAAGGUGUUUGCAUCAGACAAAGUGAAUAUAGAAUAUGUGAGCGCAUUAAUGAACAUGUAUAAAAGUAAUCCUAAAGAAUGGAAAAAGUUUGCCAAGUUUGAUCCUCAUAGAUACACAAGAAAUUUGGUUGAUGAAGGAAAUGGAAAGUUUAAUCUGAUGAUAUUAUGUUGGAAUACAGCUCAAGCCAGCUCUAUACAUGACCAUGCUAAUUCUCACUGUUUCCUCAAGGUCAUGGAAGGACAUUUAAAUGAAGAGUUAUUUGAUUGGCCAGAAAAUGAAGAAAUACAAGAAAUGAAACCUAUAAAGAAGACCAGACUAGAUCUGAAUGAAGUAGGAUAUAUGUCUGAUAAAUUAGGUAUACAUCGUAUAGAGAACCCAAGCCAUACAGAUAAUGCUGUUUCUUUACAUCUUUAUUGUCCACCAUUUGAUGAGUGUCAAUCAUUUGACCAGUUUACCGGUCAUAAGAGAAAUGCUGCCAUCACCUUCUGGAGCAAGUUCGGAAAAAGGACACCCUUUGGCAAAGAACAGAGUAAACAGAAGUAAAAUCGUCCAUUGGAGAGCAUGAACUACUUAAAGAAUCUCUACAUCCUUAACAUGCUUGGUAGAUAACUGACGAUUCUUCUCUCUACAUCCUUAACAUGCUUGGUAGAUAACUGACAAUUCUCCUGUACUAAAACAUCUGAUUGACAUGUAUGACAAUAACCUGACAUAAGACUAUUUAUAUAGGAUAUUAUUUUCUGGGGAGAAAAUUGUGAUACAUUUUGUAAAUUAUGAUAAAUGUAUUGAGUUUUUUCUUUAUUUAUACUGUGGAUUCAUUAUUAUGAGGGUAGGAAUGCCCUAUACCGUCAGGCGUCAAACCAUCAUUUUCGGCUACCGUUAGCGUCAAAUUGGUUAAAAUUUUACCGUGAUUCAUCAAAAUAUCCUUAUCGUGAUUCGUCAGAGGUCUCAAAUAAUUAUCGUUACCGUUAUUUUUGGAAAAAAAUUAACGUGAUUGUCAAAAAAUCAGUCGAUUUUUUUUAUCAUCUAAAAGAAAGUACAUUUUAUCGUCAUGCAACAAAAAUUACCAUUAAAGUCAUUUGGCAAGAAUUUUGACCGUUAUUCGUGGUGAAGGUACCCCCAUUACGACCCUCUAUUAUUAGUGGGAUAUCAAUUAUAGUAGGUUUCGUUGGUAGAGGUGAACCAUUAAUUUCAAUGUUCAACAAAAUAUAAAUUUUAUAUAUAAGCUUGUAUGCAGACUUUGGCAACACCACAAAAUCAAAUAUCCACGAGAAUACAAUUUUUUUCUCAAUCCACGUAAAAUUGGUACCCAUGAAAAAAAAGAUCCACAGUAUAGUGUCUGUGUACAGAGAUUUAUAUUUUGUUAUAUAAAUGUUCAUUACUGUUCAAUAUUUGCAUUUUUAUGCCCAACUUAGCGGCAUUAUGUUUUUUGGUCUGUGCGUCCGUUCGUUCCAUCUGUCCCGCUUCAGGUUAAAGUUUUUGGUCAAGGUAGUUUUUGAUGAAGUUAAAGUCCAAUCAAUUUGAAACUUAGUACACAUGUUCCCUAUGAUAUGAUCUUUCUAAUUUUAAUGCCAAAUUAGAGUUUUGACCCCAAUUUCACGGUCCACUGAACAUAGAAAAUGAUAGUGCGAGUGGGGCAUCCAUGUGCUAUGGACACAUUCUUGCUUAAAAAUACACUGAAAAUAUAGUUUUAUAAAGAAGCGUCCAUAAGUUAAUGUAAAUCUGGGUUCUAAAGAAACAUGUUUGUAGGCCUGCCAACCUCUCUGAUGUAUAGGGGAUUUCCCAAAUGAGAUAUUGACUUGACACAUGGAAUCCUAAAUACCUCAAAGCAUUCAUUUAAAGGAGCUUUAAUAAUUUAGGAAUAUAGAUAUAUAUAUAUAAACAAGUCUAAAUUGAAAACAAUAUAUACAAUAAAAUAAAACACUUAUAACAUGUAUAAGAGCUGCCUAUGGUCCUCUUGUGCUUGAAAUCCCAUGUGAAGGUUUGGUAAAGUUGGCAUGUAUACAUAUAUCACAAUUGUUUAUACUUAUUUUAGAUAUAUUUGUUCACCCAAUUGUCCUCAUUUUAAGGUGGUACCUAACACUACAGGGAGAUAACUCUGUAAAAAUCAGCUAAACGUUUUAAUUACGUUGUAUUGUUAAGGAAAUAUUAAGCUUCUCAAUGAUCAAAAUUAGUGUUUGUCAAACUGCUAUAUAACCAAUGAAAUUUUUCUGAUAAAGUGGUUGGUUCAAAUUUUUUGAAAUUUUUACAUUUUUGUCAAAGGGUCAAAGUAAAAAUUUUGUCAAAAUUUUAUGAAAAUUAAACGAGCCAAAUUAAUAUUAGUCAAGGUGUUGGGUACCACCUUAAACUAAAAUAAUACAUAUGUUCCUCCGUGAAAUGUGACAUUUCAUUACUAAACUUUUGCCUAAUUUAAUUUUGAUACCUUUGCCUAAUUGGCCAUUAAGUUGGGGGAGCGUAUCAUUUGUGGAGGUGCAUGCUAAUUUUAUUGGGCCCUUUUAUCCUGCAGUGAUAGUAGCUUAAAGAUUUUUUAGACCAUCAUGUUGUCAUUCCCAAAGAAAAUUUGACCACAUCAUUUUGUUAUGAUGACGCCCAAUUGAGCUAAUUUAAAUUUUUUGUUAUGCAUAUAAAAGUUGCAGAUUAAAUUAUAAAUUCCAUUUUAAUUGACCAACUUAUUUAUAUGAAUUGCAAACUUGUAAAAAAUGUUUCUUUCUACCCCCCUGCCAUUGAUCACUCCCAGAAAAUAAAACAUGGUGAACUUCUAAUUAGAUUAAUUGUAACAAAAAUUUGCCUCUUUUUAUGAUCUUGCCUUGUCUAUGUAUAGAGUUAUGAGGGUCUGGGUGGGAGGAGAGGGUCCUCCAUUUCUUUAUUCUACUUUUUUUAGACCAUUUUACUCUUUUCUUUAUUUAUUUUACUCCUUAUUCUCUUUUCUACUGUUAAUUCAGAAAUUAUUGCGAGGUUUUUAUUAAUGCGAAUAAUGCGACUAAAUGAGUAUCGCAAUAAUAAGAACUCGCAUUCUUACCGGUAUAUCUGAAACAUAUGACUGUAUGCAGAUUUUCCUGAAAUCGCAAUAAUUUAUCUUGCAUUUUUACAAUUCUGGAGAAUUCGCAAUAAUAAAUGCACACAAUGAUUUCUGAAUUUACAGUAUAUAGUUUAGCACCCCAUUAUUUUCUAUUCCUUAUUUUUUUUUACCUAUUUUCUCUUUUCUUCACAUUUUUUUACCUUUAUAAUGUAGUUGCCCAUCAUUCUCUAUUCUGUAUGCCCAAUCCAUACUCUCACCUGUUGCACUCUCCCAGAAAAUAAAACAUUGUGAUCUUCUUACAAAAUUAUAACAAUCAAAGUGCUUGUAAGCACUGAAGGGUGAAGAUUGCUUUAAUUUAUCAGUGGGAAGCAAAAUUAAAUAUUGCAUUGUAUAAAGCAUUGGUUGUAGUUGAUUAAACUACAAUUCUGGACAAAGGAAGAUAACUCCAAUUUUUAAAGAUGACUUUAACAAUGACAUCAUUGAUAUUUUUUAGAACAGAUAUUAGAUUCCUGCACCUUGCAAAAGUUAUGUAAUUUUCUUGACAAGUAUUACAUCAUUUUGUGACUUGAAUAUCUGAGCAUAUAUUGCAUUGAUAAAUUUCUGGAAAUGUUCAUGGAUAGGAUGUAUAGAAUGUUAUGAUCAAUGCACUAUAUUUUGUGUAUCUCAAAGGUAGUGAUAAACCUUGGAAGAUUUAGAUAUCAAGUCGGUACCAUAGGGUUUUGAUUUCAUUUCAUGCAAUCUUUACCCCAAAACUGGCCUCGUCUAUUUUAAGAUUCAGUAUCUUGCCUUGUCUCUGUAUAGGGUUAUGAAAUUUUAUUUGUUUUUUUUGUCUUGUUAUAAGUGCAUGCUCAAUAUUGUUGUUGAUUUUGUUUAUUUGUAAACAAGACUAUGCUCAAUUUUUGGUUUAAACCUCUGAGCUUUAGAUUUUGCCAUUUGAUAAAGGACUUUCCGUUUUGAAUUUUCCUUGGGAGUUCAGUAUUUUUGUUAUUUUACUUUUUUCUAUUACAUCUAUUAAUCUAUUUACAAAUUUGUAGUUUGUCAGCCAUUGCAAGAAAUAAAACAUGUUGGUGUAAUCAUUCAUCACCACAACCACCAACAAGUGACCAUUUGUCAAAGACCAUUUAGCUUGCUGGCAUAAAAUUGAGCACACAGUUGUAGUUAAGUCCUUGAAUUUGUAGUGGGUUAUUCAUUUUGUUGCUUUUCACAAUAUAUGGGUGCAGAUUUGUGCAAAUUGUGUUUUAUAUGUUUACAUGUAUUUUUAAUGUAUUUUUUUUUAAUUGUAAAUAUAACAUGCAGAGGGUUUUUAGGCACCAAAUGACUUCACUGUUUACUUUGCCUCCUGACCUCUUAAUAAUAGAAACUUUGGUUGAGUUUAUCUCUGAAGUACUGCCUGCUUUUAAUUUGUUGAGCUGUUUACCAUCAAACCUUUUUUUGAGAACGUUGCAUUUUAUAUUGUGAUGGUGUUAGAAUUUUUAUUUCCUCUGAUCCUGGUUAUUUACUUUUUGAGUUUCUUCAUUUAUGAUAAGCAAUCUACUGCAAUCCCACAAUACAAUUUCAAAAUUCUGUAAAUUCAGAAAUUAUUGCAUGCAUUAUUUUUUGCAAAUUUUUAAGAAUUUACCUGUAGACAAAAAUGCAAGAUUUAUUAUCACAUUAUUCCCACUAAUAAAAACCUCGCAAUAAUUUCUGAAUAUACAGUAUGGUGACUGUAUAUUGGAUCACCAAUAUGAUUCCAAUUUCACUGGACAAGUGAUUUUGUCCCUCCUAAUCAAUGGACUUUUUAUGUUAGCAUGUGUAUUUUAGAAGGUAGAUAUGGUAAACGGACAGAAAGUCACAGGACAAAAAGUCACCGGACAUAAAGUCACAGGACAAAAAGUCACAAAUAGUUUGUUUACAAUUGUUUGAAUAUAUAAGAGAAAGAUCUUGAAAUAUUUUCUUUUUAUUACAUAUAUUCAUUUUUAAGUUUAGGAAAUUGUUCAUAAGCCUUGAUAAAUGAAAAUUUAUUAAAUUAUAUCGUGCAAAGGAUAUAUUUCUUGGCACCAUGAAGCCAUUAAAGGAUCAAGCCUCUUUGACAUUUUGUCUUCAUAUCAAUUAUUUGAUCAUUAUUAAUAUUUAUUGCAUAAAUUUUAAUUACAAAGUUGCUUUAUAAAUAAUAGUUUAAGAAAAAAAAAAAAAAUAUUUCUUUUUAAAUUAGUUUUUUCUUGUUCAAAGAAAAAUAAUCUCAAAACUGAAUUGUGACUUUUUGUCCUGUGACUUUUUGUCCGUGACUUUUUGUCCAUGACUUUUUGUCCAUGACUUUUUGUCCUGUGACUUUUUGUCCAUGACUUUUUUGUCCUGUGACUUUCUGUCCUACAUUCUUUAAGAACAGGGAACACAACACCAAUUUCAAGCCCUACAGUUUCUAUACAUUUUCAUCACUGUUUCUAUACAUUUUCAUCACUGUUUAGUCAAUAUGCAAAAAGAAAAUAACUAUGAAACUAAUAACACUAUAUAAAAUAUUCAAGACUUUAUGCAUUUAAUGAUUUUGUAUAUUUUGUUAAUGUCAAUUAAAUCAUAAAUCAUAUAUACCUUUAA